CCCAUCGCCUACAGCCGCCCCGGACCUGGCCAUGGGGAACGUGCCAUCCGCGGUGAAGCACUGCCUCAGCUACCAACAACUUCUCCGGGAGCAUCUCUGGAUCGGGGAUUCAGUGGCAGGGGCGUUCGAGCCCGCGCAGGAAUCAUCCCAGCCAUCUGGACUCCCUGAAUAUGUGAAAAUAGUAGAAGUUGGACCUAGAGAUGGAUUGCAGAAUGAAAAGAUUAUAGUUCCUACAGAUAUAAAAAUUGAAUUUAUCAAUCAACUUUCCCAAACUGGCUUGCCUGUAAUAGAAGUGACAAGCUUUGUGUCUUCCCGAUGGAUACCACAGAUGGCAGAUCACACUGAAGUGAUGAAGGGCAUUCGUCAAUAUCCAGGAAUUCGAUAUCCUGUCCUUACUCCUAAUCUUCAGGGUUUCCACCGUGCUGUUGCUGCUGGAGCCACUGAGAUCUCCGUUUUUGGUGCUGCCUCUGAACCCUUUAGCAAGAAGAAUAUUAACUGUGCUAUUGAAGAAAGUAUGGAGAAGUUUGAGGAGGUCGUUAAGUCUGCAAGACACAUGAAUAUUCCAACACGAGGGUAUGUAUCCUGUGCCCUGGGCUGUCCAUAUGAAGGAAACAUCACACCGCAGAAAGUAACAGAAGUGUCUAAGAGAUUGUAUGGCAUGGGCUGUUACGAGAUUUCCCUGGGAGACACAAUUGGAGUGGGAACUCCAGGAAGCAUGAAGAGGAUGCUGGAAAGUGUCAUGAAAGAAAUCCCACCCAGGGCUCUUGCUGUUCACUGUCAUGACACAUACGGACAAGCCUUAGCAAAUAUCCUUACGGCCCUUCAGAUGGGGAUUAAUGUGGUGGAUUCUGCAGUAUCCGGAUUAGGUGGUUGCCCUUAUGCAAAAGGUGCUUCUGGGAACGUAGCCACUGAGGAUUUGAUCUACAUGCUUAAUGGCCUGGGGGUCAAGACAGGUGUGAAUCUUUACAAAGUGAUGGAAGCUGGUGACUUCAUCUGCAAAGCUGUGAAUAAAACUACAAACUCUAAAGUAGCACAAGCCUCAUUCAACGCUUGACUUGAAUGCAUUUGUGAGUUAAGGCUGAGAAGCUCCAUUUCAGCUACAGAUACUCAACUGAAAAUCAUUACUGCCAACUUGUUCUGAAAUGUGAAGUAAUAGACAAGAGUGGGGGAAAAAAAGAGAUACUUUGAAAAAGAGUAGGCUGGAUAGAUUACAGAAAUUGACUGGAAGAUACACCAGUCAUCAGGUGAAUUGCAAGCCGGGGCUAAAUAAUAAAAUUUGUGGACAUGCUUU